UAUGUCUUUUCCAUUAAUUUUAGGGAACUUGCCUAUCAAAUCUGUGACCAAUUUCGAGUACUUGGGAAACCCAUUGGCUUAAAAGAAGCAGUCAUCAUUGGUGGCCUUGAUAUGAUGAAGCAAGCAUUGGCUCUUGCCGGGAAGCCUCAUGUUGUCAUAGCAACACCUGGGCGACUUGCUGACCACCUUAAGAGCACAGACACAGUUCACCUCAAGAGAAUCAAGUUCUUGGUUCUUGAUGAAGCCGAUAGGCUUUUGGAUCCUUCAUUUGGGGAUGAUUUGCAAGUCAUAUUUGAUAAUGUUCCAAGUGAAAGACAGACUUUGUUGUUUAGUGCUACGUUAACAGACACAUUACAGGAGCUGAGGGAGCUGUCUCCUAAUGAACCUUUUUACCAUGAGGUCAAGUCUGAGUAAGUUACGGGAAAAUAAUUAUUCUUUCAGUUCUUUUAGCAAAAUACGUGACUUAAGUAAUUUGUAGGUGAUAAGCUUCAAAAUUAUGGAAAACUUGGAUUUUAACACCCUCACAUCUUAACUGCCUGUUACAAUACCACCAGCGUUUUUCCAUGUCCUUUUUACCACUUGUGACAUUAUUGGUUUCAAUGGUUAAAGGCAACUUUGAAACCCAACUUGUACAUCUUUCAAACCAUAUGAGGAUGAUUCAGUCAAACAGGUGAGAAAAAAUGCUACAAAUGAGGUGACUGAGAAUAAUAUUAGGCUGAUUUAGCAACAAAGCGGGAACAUCAGUUGAUGACCAGAAAGUGUGCAGAAAGGACGAAACACAACUUCCGGAACCCAGUUUGUCACUCUGCCAUUGGCGAAGCCAGUUUUUUAUUUGGGCAUGCCAUCAUCGUUGCUGUCGCAUUGGCUUUGCUAAAUCUGCUGAUCAUUAUUUAUGUGUAGUCAGUGACACAGUUGACUCAGAAAAACAAAUUCGGGUCCUCUGAACACGAUUUAAACCUAUGACAUUCUAGUUACCAGUCCAGAUGCUUUACCACUAAGAUACGGCAACAUCAACACACAUCCUCUCGACACUGUUCUUCAUACAUUCCUUGUGGUACUGCUUGAGAGAAUUUGUUCUAACAUCACAACAUUUCAUCUGUGGUGAUCAUUUCUGUAAUUCUCAUGAUCUGUCUGUUUGAUCAGACAGUGUUAUUGUUGGGAGAAAUUGGAUGUAGGUCACUAUUGGGGCUUAAAGGGUUAGACAAAAACUUUUGUGACAAAUAUCCUGCAUACUGCUUGUACUGCAAUGUCAAUAGGUGGCAUACAGUAUUUCCAGUGAUAUAAAUGUGAUACAGAUCAUGCCACUUUGACCAGAAAAUUUCAGUGCAAAUCUUGCCUCACUACCACCUGUACUUUUCAUGAAAACUCUUUCCUGCUAAAAUAAAGCCUGGUGAAUGACCACUGAAAGAAAAAAAUUCAAGGCAACUAAAGCAAAAAAGUGGGGGAAGAGAGAAAGUGAAAAUGCAAAUUUUUUCAUGCUGUACAUGCCUGAACUUUGAAAACUGUAGUUUAGUUUAGGAGCAAAAGCCCUCAUAGGGCCUGACUUGGCGACAACAUUUUGGGUGGUUUUGCUUCUGUUUGGCCUGUUAGUGCCCAGAAAUGAGCUUGACCAGUAUCAAAUGGCAAUAUUUGGUAAAAUUUCCCCUUUAGCUUAUAAUCAAGAAAUUUAGGACCACCCACAAACAAAGACUUAAGACCUGUAAAACUUGACAACUUUUCUUGUCAGUUGUUUAGCAAUUUCAUUGCUCGACUGUGAUACAAUUUGCAUGAGACAUUUCCUAGUGUACUACAACCUACAUUUUUGCAUAGACAAUGAAAAAUUGGUGUGUGAGAGUAUUAGAACUACCAGUAGAUUCUACUUUAUGCCAGGCUUCUUGCUGUAGAGACUUUGCAAGAGACCAGCUGUCACACUCAGAAAUUCUUCAUGAGACCGACAGCCAUGCCUAAAGCAUGGAAUAGGCCAUUUUACAGUUGUGGGCUAAGUGUCUUAGCCUUUGAGUGAACGUGAGGCUGAGGUUGAUCUUGUUUUGAUACAAACCUCCUUCCUUUUCUAAUGUAAAUUUUGCUUAAAAAUACUAGUUAGCGUAAGAAAACCAUGGUUAACAUAAUAAAGGAGGAAGGGUUGUAUGAAAGCAAGGUCAACUCCAGCCUUGUUUUCACCUGUAACUGUAAAAUGGGUUAUUGCAAUAUUAUUAUAUGAUGGUAAUCUCAAUUCUUCAUUUCUAUUGAUCAUCCACAACAGUUUCCAACCAAAGGAAAAGGAAAUUUUGUUUGAUUUAAUUUUUUUUACUUUUUUCAGUAUUGCAACUGUCGCAGAACUGGAUCAGAAAUACAUUCUUACGCCUGCCAGUGUGCGAGACAGUUAUCUUGUCUACAUCCUGAGAGAGCAUGCAGAAAAUAAGUCAGUUAUCAUCUUUACACACACGUGUAAGAAUUGUCAGACUCUAGCUAACAUGUUAUGGAAGUGUGACUUACCCUGUGUUGCUCUCCACUCGCUGAAAUCACAAGGGGAGAGGUUAGCUGGAUUAGCUACGUUUAAAUCAGGACUGGUGAAAAUUCUUGUUGCAACUGAUGUAGCAAGCAGAGGCUUAGAUAUACCUCAAGUUGAACUGGUGAUUAACAGCAAUGUGCCAGCGUCACCGAAGGAUUAUAUUCAUCGAGUGGGUCGCACUGCGAGAGCAGGGCGUGGUGGAAUGGCUAUAACACUGAUGACCCAGUAUGAUGUAGAUAGAGUUAAACAGAUUGAAGCUACCAUUAAUACAAAGCUUGUUGAGUUUGAAACCAAUGAAAAUGAAGUGCUGCCAUUACUCAGAGCAGUGAUGGUGGCAAGGAGAGAAGCGCAGUUGAAGGUUCAAAGCAGUGCUGUUUUGGAGAAGAGGAUGAUAAAUAAGAGGAAGAAAAUGCUUUUAGAAGGAAAGGAUCCUGAUGGGAAGCCUGUGAAAAGAAAACGAAGACAAAAGAAAUUGACUGAGAAAGUAAAAAACAAGUAA